AUGCACGAAGCCACUAUUUGUGCCAACGCCUGUUUUAAGUAUGCUACACAGUGUGGUAGGAACUUAGCAGAGGUUAAAAUCAUAAUUACAUACGAAUUGUGGAUUACCUCUAGAUGUCCUGGAGCUUCUCAUCGGAGACUUGCCCUAGAAAGGAGGAAAACUGAUAAAGCUCAGACAGAGAUUGAGAACAAAAAUGGAACCACUGUAAUAGAUCUUCCAGGUACUUUAUCCCUCAAAAUGGACUGUUCAGGGACAGGCACAGUGCCUGCUGAGCGCAGCUUGACAUCAGCAUCUCUGCCCGCGUGGCCUGAGGAGCCUGGCCUGGACAAUCCCGCCUUCGAGGACAACAUGGCCACUGACACUACGCAACAGCCGGUUAGUUUUCUGGAAGGCAAAAUUACUGCAAUUGAAAUUCUCCGGUCUGAUUCUUAUAUUCAGCUAGGAAUUAGCAUCGUGGGCGGCAAUGAAACACCACGGAUCAACAUUGUUAUCCAGGAAGUCUAUCGGGAUGGGGUGAUUGCCAAAGAUGGAAGACUUCUUGCUGGAGACCAAAUUCUUCAGCCUAGUGGUGAGAGGGUGGAUUUAACAAUUGCUAGGCCGGGGAAAUCCCAGCCUGGUAACCCUGUCCAAGACGCAGGAGCUCAGAGUACCAGCCUUCACCAUGCACAGCCGCUGUACCACAACAGACCCAGCUCACACAAGGAUCUUACCCAGUGUAUUACAUGCCAAGAAAAACACAUUACUGUAAAGAAGGAACCACAUGAGACCCUGGCAAUGACAGUGGCGGGGGACAGAGGAAGCAAGAGUGGUGAACUGCCCAUCUUUGUAACCAGUGUGCCAGCUCAUGGCUGUCUGGCACGUGAUGGCCACAUCAAAAGAGGUGAUAUAUUGCUGAAUAUCAAUGGCAUUGAUUUGACCAAUUGAAGUCACAGUGAGGCCAUGGCUAUGCUAAAAGCCAGCGCCGUGUCCCCUGCUGUUGUCCUGAAAGCACUUGAGGUCCAGAUUGUCGAGGAGGCAGCCCAGGCCCCUUCAGCGAGAAUGAGUAUGACUCUAGCUGGUCCCCGUCAUAGGUCAUGUGGCUUGGGCUUCCAAGGUACUGACAGCGUUUCAGCAGUUUCAUGGAAUAAUCGUAGUGACAUUUCUCAGUAUGGAACACAGUUAAUUCAUUCGUCCAGGUUGUGAGGGGGAAGGUCCUGUCCUGGUCAGAGAUGAAAGUGGCAAUGGCAUAUCAAGUUAUAGAAGAAAAGGGUAUUUUUUUCCUUCGGUUAUUAUAUUUUAAAAGAUAAAUUUAAGGGGCAUCUAGGUGGCUCAGUCGGUUAAGCAUCCAACUCUGAUCUCAGCUCAGGUCUUGAUCUCUGGGCCAUGAGUUUGUAAAAAAGAUUUUUUUUUAAUUUUUUAAAAAUUAAAACAUUCUUAAAAAAUAAACCAUUUACCUUAUUAAAGGUAAAUUUAAUAGUAAGAACUAAGCUAAAAAGACUUGGUGUAUCUGUUUAUAAAAAUGAAUAAAGCCAUUCUGUCCAUUACUAUUAACAAGGUUCUCAAGUGGACCAGCCAUGAGAUUUGGAUGUUCAUGCUCUUGCUUUAGAAAAGCUGUCAUUUACCACCACGUGUACAUGCUGAGACUUCAUGUGCAUUUUUCACCAGAAAAAAACAGGUCAAAGUGUGGGGCCUUUUGAGAAGCUUUUCUAAAACCCCUUUCUUAAUCUUGUUAACUCUCUCUAAAAAGGCAGGAUGUCAAAACUCAGUUUUUACUGGACAUGAGAGACUCUUUCAGCCAAACCACUGGUGUCCGAGAGUAGGUCUUCUCACCACCUUCAGGACUGUAACCCACCAGGACAUUCUGUAGUUGGUCAUUGUCUGGUCAUGAAAGUGUUUCAGCUCCUGAUAAGUGUUGUAUAUACUUUGGUAUUGAAGUUGGAAGAAUGUGUAUUACUGUCUUUGUUUCUAGAUCACUUUAGAGGAAUCCUAAACCUGAACUAUGAGGAAACAUUCUGAUUCUGAGCCAAGUAGGAAAAUGACUGAUUUUUUUAAUUAAAAAUAAAAAGGAAGA